AUGAUGAUGGAGUCCAGUAUCAACAGCACAACAAUCUUACCACCCUACGAAGAAGAAUUCGAACCAGUUGAUAAUCUUCAUUGGUCUCCAGAAACAGCAAACAGCAUUUAUUUGUUUUGGAUACACCAGCUUCAAGCAUCGAAUUAUUUAAUGAGCUAUUUGCCGCAGAUGACAACUACUCCAUUGUCGGCUGAUUCUACACAGAAUUUACGUUCUAAACCGAUGGAAACUACCAUCAACGAAAUACAAGCCGCUGCCGGUGCCAUUCCUAAAAAGGUUCGUAAAAUGACUCAAGCAGAAUUGAUUGAGCAAAUCGCUGAAUUACAGGAAAACAUUGAUACGAGAUUAUCAAAACUUGAGCUUUCACACCAGCCCCCCAGAUUGACAUCAACGGUACCUUGCAAUAAAUCUACACCAAAGCCCUCCACAGCACCUAUGAAUAUGAUGAUGGAAGAUAGGCCUACUACUGAAGUUACAAUUAGAAAUCUACAGGCAAUUCCAGAAGUCAAAUCAUCUUUAGCUGCUCAACUAGACUCGAUGCCAAUAAUUGGUCAUGCUGAUACCAGAAUUUUACCUGAUAGGCCUAAUCCUAACGAGUUUUACAGAAGUAGUGCAGCCAGUUUAGGCCUAUUACAAGAUCACGAUACCGCGGUGCCAGGUAAGCCUAGAAAAAAAUCUGGCAUGGACCUGGAAAGUCAGGAAAAUAUAGUCAAUACUGUUUAUUGGCCUCAUGCUUUUACAAGUGAAAUUGCUCAUAUUGUCAAGAACAGAAAAGCUCAGAUUAUUUCGCAAGAGGCGUUUAUUUUAGGCGCUGUUAAUAUUCUAAUGCAACCAGAUACUAUUGUGCCCUUACCAGAAAAACUUGCUAGACUGAAACUAUUACAUGGUAUUGAAGUUGGUUCCCAUACUUGGACUUCAUCAUUUGAAAAUUUGUCUCAUUUCACAGCAGUUAAUGACACUAAUUCUACUGUCAGCUCAAACAGUUUUAACAGUGCUAAGAUUAAGCAAUCGAGUAAUGCUAAUAGCAAUACCCCAAGAAUUCAGAACAUUAUAUGCUACAGCUACAAUUAUGACAAGAAUGUGGAUACUGAGUGUGCUUUCUCACGUGAUGGUAAGCAAUGUCAAAAGAUUCAUGUGUGUUUAGCGUGUGCAAAAAAUGGAUAUACAAAUAAGCAUCCAGAAAAACUAUGUGAGAAAUCAAAAUCUAACAAUAGCAGUUCUGGUAAUUGA